AUGUAUCCAAAGCACGCACUGCGCCUUUGCGCAGCAUCCAGCAGAAUAUCUCAAUCAGGAGUACCAGCACGACUCCCCUCUGCCCACGUCCUAAACCCAGUCUCCAUCUCCGCUACAACACGAACCAAGAGACAGGCAUACUCGGCCAUCUCCGGGGAUGCCAGUCCCCUAACAUUCACCUUAUCAAACCGCCUCGCAGGCCGCUCCUGCAUGAUCACGGGGGGAACCUCGGGCAUCGGCUUCGCGAUCGCCGAACGCUUCCUGCAAGAAGGCAUCGACCAAGUGAUCCUGGUCGGACGGUCCUACGAGCGCCUGGUCAAAGCAGCCUCCAAACUCGAGAGUCCAUCCAGCCCCUCAGAAGCACCAAACCUCUCGCUCACCGCUGCCCCAGAGCACGAGCUAAUCCGCUCCUCCCACCGCAUCAGCCUCCUAGUAGGCGACGUAUCCAACGCAGGGACCUGGACCCGCGAACUAGAGAAAGCAAUCCAAACAACCAACCCAACCCACCUGAUCAACGCAGCGGGCCUCUCCAUCUCAAGCAUCCUCCCGAAAUCCGAACCAGCAGAUAUCUCCCGCAUCCUAGACACGAACCUCCAAGGCGCGAUCCUCACGACGCGCGCCUUCCUGCGCGCCACGAUCCGCAACCACAUGAAGCAGAAGCAGAAGCAGCAGCAACGCCCCAGUAGCUCCCCUGACAGCACCGCAGAACCAAACCACCAGCACCAACACCAGCUGCAGCCGCCGACCUCGAAAAGCAUCAUCAACGUCGCGUCCCUGCUGGCGCACAAGGGUGGCACGGGCGCCGUCGCCUAUGCCGCCUCCAAGGCGGGACUCCUGGGAUUGACCCGGUCCGUGGCGGUGGAGACGGCGGCGUCGAUGCGCGGGGUGCUUGUGCGGUCGAAUGCUAUUGUGCCUGGGUAUGUGGAGACGCCGAUGAUCGCGGAUUUCAGCGAGGGGGAAACUACCCGGUUGAAGCAGAGUAUCCCGCUGGGCCGGUUCGGGUUACCCCGUGAGGUGGCGGAUGCGGCAGUGUUUCUGGCGCUGAAUGAGUAUGCGAAUAAUUGUGUGCUGAAUCUGGAUGGCGGGUUGAGUGCGGUUUGA